AUGGCAAUCGUCAGCACCCAGCAGAAAGUACGGCAGUGUUCUCAAUGUCAGGAAAAUACAGAAUUCUACUGUAACACAUGUAAAUACAACCUUUGUCAACAGUGUAAAGAAAGACAUGUUAUUGAUCUAGAUACCAAAUUCCAUGAUGUUGUGAUUUAUCGUGAGAAAUAUGAAUACAUCCCAAAACAAGAAACCUGUGUGAGACAUCCAGGCAAAAUUUAUGAAUUGUACUGUCCCUCUUGUGAACUUCCUGUCUGUUUCCAAUGCAAAGAACGACAUGAAACACACAAUAUUGUGAACAUUAGAACAGCUUAUAAAACAAAUCGACACCAUCACAAAGAAAUCAUUCAGAACAUCAGAAGUGAUAUUAUCUAUAACAGCUAUUUUCUUCUGGCAGGAAUCAAAACUGAUGUAAAAAAUAGAAAAACUUGUCAAACAAAGAUCUCCAACCUUCAAAUAGGAAUGUCAGAAAAAGGCCAGAAACUAAAGAUAGUCAUUGACAAUGCGAUAUGUGAUAUUUUACAUUUUAUGUCUCAGAGAUUACCACAACAAAAAAGAAAAAUGACCAGAUACCUUGUCAGCAUAGAGAACUAUAUGUAUAAAUAUCGAUUGAAACAGACAGCAAACAGACCUGUGCAAUUCCUAUUAUUCCUAAAGGAACACCAUGUUCACAAGAUAAAGGACACUCCUAAUCUUGCAAAACACGCUCGGUUGUGCAUGGAAAUAAAAAUGAAGUUUGGAAUGACGUUUAUGAGUGGUAUUCAAAUCAUAGAGUCAGGAAAAAGACAAGCUACAAAUGAAUGUCUUCUGAAAAGGAUGUAUACACCCGUGUUAAAAAGAUGUGUCAUAGUUGAAGGGAAAGGAAUGGGAUAUGUAUCUCACAUUUCACAUGUGACACCGGACCAGGUAUGGAUUAGUGAUUGGAACAAUCUCAUCUUAGCAAAUAUGGAAGGUAACAGACUGCAUCAUCUGACAGAUAUACUUAGUGAAUGGGGAGUACACACAGUGAACAUUACCUGUGAACUUAUCUAUAUAGACAGGUAUUAUAACAUUAAAAAACUUUCUAGAGAUAACAGAACAUUGACAACACUGAUUGAGAAAACAGAAUAUUGGGAACCUCGCUGUGUCAAAAGUUCCUCCAUCAAUGGAGAUCUACUGGUCGGGAUGAGGAAUACUCGUUCAAAAGCAGCCAAAGUAACACGGUUUAACGACAAAUUACAAUUUAUACAGACAAUACAACACAAGAAUAUAGGUCAGAUAUACAGUAAUCCUGUCCACAUCACAGAGAACUGCAAUGGAGAUGUUAUUGUGUCUGACUGGGACCAUGGUGCUCUGGUGGUGACAGAUAGUGCAGGAAGAUAUCGCUUCUCCUACCCUGAGUCAAGAUCGAUAUAUCCACGUGGGGUCUGUACAGACGUGUUGUCAAACAUUCUGGUGUGUGAUGUUAGGCCUGCCACUUACAAUAUACACGUGGUGAACAAAGACGGUUUCUUCCUGUCGAAGAUACUGUCACGAGAACAUGGGAUAUACACACCAAGGGGUCUGAGUUAUGAUGAAAAAUCUCACCUUUUGUGGUUUGGAUCAAGUGUCAACAGGGUGUAUGUAUACAGAUAUAUAAACAGGGACUAUCAAACAGGUGAACGUAAUUAA